AUCCACCCAAAAAGGGACGUUACCCACACACUGUCCGACAGUAUAUAAAAGAGAAAAGAUUGCUUUUGAUUUUUAAUUUAGUUAUAUCCUAUCACAACUAAAAAAAAUAAUAUACAAUAUGCCUUGCCGUUGUGGAGGUACGGAUUAUCGAAGAAUUACCAGCGCUUGGUGUCCGUUGAAUCCCAGGAAUACAAUUACUGGACAGUUUAUUCAAGAAGCACAAGUGCAGCAGUUUUCAUGUCUCUUCACAAUACCUUACCAGACGCUGCCAAUGUGGACGUACGGAUCGUCAAAGAAUGACGAGUUCACGGUGUCCUUUAUUCAAGUCACCCAACAAGGAAGACCAUCCCACAAUACCGCCCGCAUCUCCUUUGAAGACUUCCAAGGAGGCGCCUCAAUUCGAUCUCCGAACGUCAACGUUGAUGGAGUAAUGGACAAUGGCAGCAUGACCUUGGGCUGUGUUUCCUGUGGAGCCAAAGGCUGGGAGGCCGAAAAAGUAGCUGGAACCUGUCAAGAACCUCGGUUUGCCAUUUGCUGCAACCAGGGAAAGGUCCAGUUGCCCGUCCUUGAGCCACCUCCUGAAGAGCUGCGCCAAUUGCCUUAUUAA